AAGUACAAGUCCACACCACUACUGUGGCUUAGCUAUACAAAAAUCAUGUUCAUGUUCAUGUAUAAUACUCGAUUUUAUACAAUGGGCUCAAUAUAUACAUAUAUCAUCAACACAAACUUCUGCCUUCUUCCUUCCCCUCUUUCCUGCUAAUGCUACAUUUUGAACAAUCAAGAAAUAUCAAUGGGGUGCACGAAUUCUGUUUAUGCAAUCGGUAAAAAGAAGAAGAAGAUCGUUCCAGAAAUCUCCAUUUUUUCCCCAGUUUUACGAAUUCCAAUGCAGUCAGAUUUGCAGAGAAUUCUCAGAGGAUUCGUUCCCAACGACAUUGCUGAUAGAAUCGCAUCAAUCAGAAAUCAGAUUGCUUUAGUUGCAGAGGAUACUGGAGGGUCUGCGAUCAGUGAACUAGUUAGAGCAUUGGAGGGAUACUUGCCUCUUCUGGUUGGCCUUACAAAGAAAGAAUAUGGGCUUCAAGAGUUGGUGGAGUUCAGAUGGAGAGAAUUAGGAGAGGAGAGAGAGGAAAUUUAUGGGGCGAAUUCGUGGUUCGAGUUGCUGUCUGUUUUACACAUGAUGGCAAUGCUGACACUGAUGGAGGCAAAUGAGAAGCUAAUUCCUAAAGAAAGUAGCCUGUCUGAGAGGCUUGUGUCUGCAGAUUGCAUGAGAGACGCUGUUGAUUUACUGCUGAAAGCAGCAGGAUAUUUGAAUUUCUGUGUUCUUGAUGUUCUUCCACGGCUACCAGCUGAGCUAAAGAAGAAGCUGCCUUCGGAUAUGCAGGGGCACGUGCUAGAGGCGAUUUCACAUCAAGCACUGGCACAGGGAACUGAAAUUCAGCUUGGAUUAGCUGUCCAAAGCAAAAAUGCAACUUUGUCUGUGAAGAGGAGACUAGCCUGUGAACAGCUGAGUUUCUAUGCUCAGGCCUACUGCUGUUUAUCGGACAAGAACGAGAGCAGUGCAGCUCUGAAGAAGCAGCUGUUCUUCCUCAAGUGGAAGCUUCUGGAAGCUAAGGCUGCAGCUUACUACUAUCACGGUGUAAUCGUAGACAAGGGCACGGAGCCUUCCUGCCAUGUCAGCGCCGUCUGCUGCUCUCUUGCUGCAGAGGAGUUGAUAGUCGAGAGCAAGAAGGCAUGCUUGACCUUCUGCCUUGCUGAUCCAAUCACAAGGUGCCCUCCUCCAUGGGGUGCCAUGAAGCACUUACACAAGAAAAUACCAGAAACCGCCACCAAGAAAUCUCAGAUGUACACCUACCUUCUAGACCAAGACAAAGGUCCGAAAAGUUUACCAGAACUUCCAGAGUUUCAGCUGUCACUGAAACCUGAUGAAUAUGAAUUACCAGAGGUUGAUCCUGUUUGGGGUUGUGGAAACUGGAAAAUUUCUAAAGCAACGCCUCAACCCCGAUGAAAAAUAAUCUAAAUCUUGAAAAAUGUUGGGAGGAAAGGAAACUGAUUGUAAACUUCAGCUUGUAAGUAACAUUUCUGUUUUCUACCCUAUGCUGUUUGUUGAACAUCCAUCACAGGAAUUAUCUUGCUUUAAUCUUUAUGUAACUCUAAUUCUUGAUUCUGCAACAUAUGAAUAUAAUUCAUCAACUUAUGUA